UCGAUCUCCUGACCUCGUGAUCCGCCCGUCUCGGCCUCCCAAAGUGCUGGGAUUACAGGCUUGAGCCACCGCGCCCGGCCCCUUUGUUCUUUUAUAAAUAGCGAGCUCCCAGGAAAGUUUCCUCCCCUUUUCAGGCAUAUACAUGGUGGGAACUUCCACAGGGAGGAGGGGUGCUUACCUAAAACAAACUCACAGUUAUGCAAACAAAAAAGGCGGUGCUUUGUGCUUGCAUAGAUACAUACCCACAGCUGCAUGAGAUAAGACAGCUUUACUGAUAAGUUACUCAAACUACUACAGAGAUAAGAGGUUUUCUUGCAAAAGCUUUUGAAUUCAGCUGUAACAGGGCAAUCCACUUGCAUACGUAUUCAGCUCACUGUGGAGAGCUUUCUUCUUUCGCUUAUUAAACUUUUCACUUCCACCUCACCCUGUGUCCCGUUCCUUAGUUUUCUUGGAGUAGGACAAAGAAUCCCAGGUAUUAGUCCAAAUAAGGAGAAAAUGCUACAUUAAAGUACAUUGGCAAGAUGGCAACAGGUGUAUUCCAUGUACUUUUUCGUAUGUUAUCUAUCACGUAUGUGUAGAUUUCAUUUGCUAUAUUUUUUAAAAACAAAAUAACUGAAUUGUUCAAGAUUUUAACUCCUGAUUGUGCCUUCCAAGGCUUCCUAAUCUGGUCUCCAUUUACCCCUCCAUGUCACGCCUCUGUUCCAAACCGUUCAGCUUCUCCAGCCAGUUUAGGCACCACCUCUGAGCCUUUGCUGUUUCCAUGACCUUCCCCGAAACGAAUAACCUCCUUCACCCCCCUCCCCCUAAAAGACCCACAGAUUCCCGGGCCUCUAAGCGCCCCAUUUCGCCCCACUCUGUCCUCGGACGCGUCACUGCGCCCGCGCCACUGUCGCCGCCCCGCGCGCCUCUGCCGUUUGCCGCCCGCGGCGCUUUCCCCUCCGCGGUUCCUCCCCGAGCCGACCCCAGCGCCCACGAUUCCGCAGCUCCACCGACCAGGGGCCGCGCAGACCGGGAACUCACCAGGAGCGUAGUCGCUUGCAAGGCCUGGGGGCCGGCGAGGCAGCAGAGGCGGGAUGGACCUGAGCCCGGGGGCCCGGGGGAAGUACGCGCCCCGCCUCCCUAGGAUUCCCCCACCCAGCCCCAAACCCGCCUCGCGAACCGCCGGUACCGGGCGCAAGGACCAGCAGCCUGCGCCCAGACGUUCAACUGUGCCCCACUCAGAAGAAUCCGUGGGAUCCGCAGCAUUGGUCCAGCUCCCAGCCAAGCAGCCUACGCCGGGCAUAUUAGAACAGGGCAGAAGCAUCCAGCAAGGGGAGAAGCCUGUAGUUAGCUUGGAGACCACACCCAGCCAGAAAGCAGACUGGAGUUCAAUUCCCAAGCCUGAGAAUGAAGGCAAGUUAAUAAAGCAAGCAGCUGAGGGAAAACCAAGACCCAGACCUGGAGACCUGAUUGAGAUUUUUCGAAUUGGCUAUGAGCACUGGGCCAUCUAUGUAGAAGAUGAUUGCGUGGUCCAUCUGGUUCCCCCAAGUGAGGAGUUUGAGGUGGGCAGCAUUACUUCUAUCUUUAGCAAUUGGGCUGUGGUGAAAUACAGUCGUCUGGAGGAUGUGCUGCAUGGCUGCUCCUGGAAGGUCAAUAACAAGCUAGAUGGGACGUACCUGCCCCUGCCGGUGGACAAGAUCAUCCAGCGUACAAAAAAGAUGGUCAACAAGAUCGUGCAGUACAGCCUGAUUGAAGGGAACUGUGAGCACUUUGUCAAUUGCCUCAGAUACGGCAUACCCCGGAGCCAGCAGGUAGAGCACGCCCUGAUGGAAGGAGGAAGGCUGCUGGAGCAGUUAUUUCAGCUGUAGUGGAUAGCAUAAAGCCCAAACCAAUAACUGCCUGAAGGUGAUGAGAACUCCAACUAGAGGAAGAGUUACUGACACAAGCAAAAAGAACAUGCUUCCUUCCCUUGCCUUCUCUCAAUGCCUCCGAUUAAGAAAACUGUGAACUUCUGGAAGAAUCUACAAUGUAUCCAAUUACCCUUCCAGAAAUACAUCCAAUAUAUACAAGCAUAGACCCACAGACUCUCAGGAUGGGAAGGA